AUGGAUGAAAAUACCGAUAUUUGUGGAGAAAAGGAGGAAGACUCUCCGAAGCCAGAUGACUUGAGAUGUCUUCCUGAUUUUGCUAUCCUCUGUUCGUUUCUAACAUAUUUUGGUUCUGAUCUCGGUAUUCAUCUAACGUUUCCGCAGUUGUACGACUUUCUCUGCCUCCAAGACUCAGCGAACACAAAGAUAUGGGAGACAUUACAUGUCAAGCUUCUCAAUAAGUUGAAGUAUCGAGCUCGCCCUGAUCGAUGGGAACCAGUACUAGGACGAUUUCUACUCAACCAUGGCCUUCAUAUUGAUGGUAUCGAGACAGCUGCUGAUAUCCUCCUAAGUACUGAAUAUGUAAAUGAUGAUAAAGCGAAUUUUAUUUCACGAGAACCAGUUGGGCAUCUUCCUUCCAGUUAUUACAGAAUUUCACCUUGUAUUCGCACCAGAACACUCCUUUGUCUUUUGGAAAGUCAGUUUGAUCGCAACCAACCAUUCAAGGACAAAGCGAACUUGCGUUCUCCCAUCGAUCUACGAUUCCCUCCCUUAGGUAUUGAUGUUUGGGGAAGAAGUUAUUGGUUACUAAAGGACUCGGAUGUGAAUAUUUAUUUGUAUAGGGAAGACCAUCAUGACAACAGUUUUAUGUUAUUAUGUGAAUCCUUUGAUGAGGUACGUGAUCUCAUUGAAGAAUUAAAAGGUGCAUAUUCAGAAGAUGAAAAACUAGAAGAUAUACUUAGGAAAAGACAACUUUCUACAGAUGAAGCAGACUUAAAAGAUCAGCUGACAACUUUAAUACAAGAAGGCAUAGCUUCUCCAGAAAAUCAAAAACCUGAGAACUGUGAAAAUUCUGACUUGUCUGCAUCCACACCAGAUGUAGGUUUUAAGCCUGCCGCUACACCACCUCCCACUCCAGCUUUUCCUCAUGUACCAACUCUUCAUUCCGUUGAUCUGUUACUAGCGACUUCAAAGGUUCAACAAUUUAUUAAAACCGAAUAUCGGGAUAAUGAAACAGAAGAAGAAGAAAAGAGAAGUCCAGAGAUGGUGUCCACCCUGCAGACAGAUGAAAAAGGUGACGAUAAAAUGGAAGCACAAGUGAAUGAGGCGAAACAAGGCGAUCUCCACACCAGUGAAGAAUAUCAUAUCAAACCAGAGUGCACUGAAGAUGGAGUUCUAAGACCAGAUGAUGAUGGUGAUGAUUGUAAUACAAAGGUAACUGAAAAUCCCCCCCAAACAUCAACUAUCGAAGAGUCUACCUGUGUUAUGUCAAACAAUAAAAUGAAAAAAUCUCGCAAACAAAACUCCAAUAAAAAUUAUCCUGAAAGUAGUAUCAAUGAACAACAAGAUUUGAGACGUAGUAGUCGACAGCGUAAACCAGUUCAAGUAUUCACUAUUGAACCAGUACAACCUAAACGUUUAAAAAUAUCAUCAACUCCAAUCACUGAAUCCUUAUCUAAAUCAACUAAUGAGGUUGGUGAUGGUGGUAAUUCUAAAAAGAAAAAAAUACCAGAAGAUGCUUCUGCUGUAGCAGUAACAGUCAAAAAGAAAAGAAAAAAGAAAAAACGUCAUCGUAAAAAGUCCCGUAAAAGGUCGAACCCUUGGAAUAAUGAGACAUCUUCUAGUGAUUCAGAUGUUGAAGAAGAUGAUUCUUUUGAAAAGGCUCUUAUGCAACAUAUGGAUGCAGAUAGUGAUGAUUCGAUUUCUCAUUCAAAAGCAAAAGCUAAUAAGCGCGUAAGUGCCGAAUGGUCAGAUGCUCCUGAAAGUGACUUCGAUCCUAAUGGAUUAGAUGUUCUAAGUGAUGUUGAUAGUGUAACAGAUGGACGGAAUCUAGCUAGACAAAAGCGUUUACAGAAAAAGUUUAUUUCUGAUACGGAUAAUACUUUAAAUGAGAUUGAGAAGGAGGAACCAUGUCAAGUUUGUUUUAAAUCGCAUAUGCCUGACUGGAUGUUAUUAUGUGAUCGAUGUGAUUUAGGUCAUCAUGCUAUGUGUCUCUCACCUCCCUUGUAUAUAAUCCCUGAAGGUGAUUGGUUCUGUCCACGUUGUCAACAUACUGCUUUGAUAUCAUCUUUGAAUGAAACUGUUACAGCUCUUGAAGCAGAAUCUAAAAAACGAAAUAUCUGGAAGCGUAUGCAAGAACGCUUGAAUUUUGUGAAUAUCAGUAUGACAAACAUAUUAGGGGAUGAUGACAGUGAUUGUGCCGAUGGCAGAAAAGUGAAAAAAGGGAAAGUACUUAGAAAUAUUCAAAGUAACAAUGUUAACUAUGCUUAUGACCAUUCUUCUAGUGAUCGAGAAAGUAAAGAUGCAAAUUCUGACUCCAAUUCCGAUGCAGAAAGUGUUGAAUACAAUACUGAUUCUGGAGUCGAUGGCAGGUCACAGAAACCUUCCGCUAGACACCCACGACUUCGACAGAGACGAAAAAUACAGUAUUCAACGUCUCGACGAGUAAAGUUCAGAGAAGAAACUUCUGAUGAGGAUACUGAAUCAUCUGAGUCUGAAGCAGAAUCUAUUCCUUGCAGAACUACGCGUCAGCGUCAAGUCAAAUACAAACUGAGUGAUGCAUUCAAACAACUAGAUGAAGCAUUAGAAGCUGAUGAAAAGUAUCAAGAAGAAAAGCAACGAAGGCUAAAACGUAAGGCCAACCAAAAUUUGAAUGAAUCUGGUGGUGAAGCCGUCGAUGAAGAGUGUGAAACGAACAGUCAUCCUCCUGGUCGUUCACGUGGUAAAGAUCUUUCAAAUAUCUUGGGACCGGAAUGGAAAGAAUCUGAAGAUAGAAACAGAAAACGUCGUAGGGAUAAAUUCUCUUCAAGUUCUUCUAGUGAAGAUUCAGCUAAUGAAGAUAAAAUAUCCGGAAAAAACCGUAAAGCAAGUGAUGAAGAUUUUAACCCAUCGUCUUCAGAAGAAGCAGAGAGUGAAGACGAGGCUGAUGACUACAGAAGACAUCAUUCUAGUGAUGAACAGUUAUCGAGUGAUAACAGUUGGCUUUGUACUGCUCGACGUAGUAGUCGAUCUUCACGAAAGAAUACUAGUAAAAGAAGAAAAUUAUGCAACUAUCCUCGUCGGUCACGAAGACCAGUUCCUUGCUUUGAAGACAGUGAUGAAUGUUCAGAUCGCAAAGCAACACGAUCUAGAAGAUGUACACGAAAUGUUGUCAGCUAUCGAGAAUCAAAUGAUGAAGAAUCCUCCGAUAAUAAUAGUAAUAAGUCUAUGCAGGGUACUUCAUCAGGAGUAGUCACUCCAAAUAAAAGUAAACAAAUUCGUAGAGUACUGGAUGAUGAUGAUGAUGAUGAAGAGGACAAUGGCGGUGAUAAUAUCACAAAAAAAGAAAACAACACCACUGACAACCAACCUCCAUCUCCAAUCACUGUAAGCUUGAAGGCAAAUAGAACUCAUGGUAAUCGAAAAAUUCUCAAAUCCUCGUCCUCCUCAUCUGACAGUGAAUACAAACCAUUCGAUGAUGAUGAUGACGACGGAGGAGAUGAUGGAGAAGAAGAAGAGGGAGAUGCAACUGCUAGUGACGAUUCUGAUCAAUUCACUAAACCGAAUAAUCUGAAAUCUGUAGCAAAAUCGAAUAAAAGUAAUUCUCUUGAAAUCAUCAAACCAGAACUAUCCGAUGAGAUUAAUAAUAAUAAUAAUAGUGAUGACCAUGAUCACCAGUUGAGAUCACCGGAGUUGGUUAUUUCAGAAACAAGUGAUAUUGAUAAUUCACUUUUUAAAGAUCAUGUUGUAAAAUCGCCUACCCCUGUAACUGUCACUACUAACUCUACUAAUACUACUGCCAUUGUAUCUGAAUGUUAUAAAACUGAAGAAACUGAUGAAAAUAUUAAAAUGAUAAAUAUAUUAUCUAGUUCACCUAAAAAUUAUCUUAAUGGUCAAUGUAAUAACCUAAAAACAACAACAACAAUAGCAACGGUAACACCAGCUAGUAAUGAUGAUGAAGAAGUUGAAGAUGAGGCUGAUGAAUGCCUACCAAAUCGAAAUUUUCAUGUAUCACAUUUAUUUGAUAAAAAUACCAUUGAUGAUGAUAAUGACAGCAAAACAUGUGUUUCACCGGAUUUAUUUUAA